GGUUGUCAUGGCGAUUGAAGCAGCAGAUCAAUUAUCUGACGGUAACGUCGCAGAAUUCCAGCUUAAAGAGAUUUCAUUCAUCAAGCCUCUCAAUAUCUCCGAUGGUUCUGCUGGCGUUGAGACUCAAUUUUCAUUUCUGAUGAUACAAGGCGCAUCGAAGCCGCUAUCUUCAUGGACAGAGUUCAGGUUAUUCACUUAUGGUCAAGAUUUGUGGCAAGAAUGUUGCCAUAGUUUUAUCUUAGUUGAGUGUGAAUCGGACAUAAAUCAAGUCGGUAUGGUACGAGAAGCUGCUGAUGAGCUCACAGAUCACGUUGAAUUGUAAAACUCAAUAGAGCAGGGCUGCGAGACCCCAUUGGACCCCAUUUUUUAUGGGAUGUUAGGCCAGAGCAGGUUUGGAUUUGGCCCUUCAUUUAAUCGUGUAACUGGUGGGCUUUGCGGGAACCAAAAGCAAGCCCAAGAGGCUACUAGGUUAUUUAAAUAGCCCAAGAAAGAAAAUCCUCAUGCUCGUGUCAUUCACUCCACCUGCUUGGAUGCAAUCUUCCAUCUAGCGA